AUGGCUGCUUUGAGUUACGGCAAGAGAUGCCUAAAAGCAGUCCUAGAAAACGAUAUAAAGAAAAAGGUAAACAUUUCCGGUUUACAUGUUUACUCUCGUGACUCGUCUGCCACGGUCUGGAAAAAACGUUUGUCGCCUGAUGCUGAGGCACAGCAUUAUUGUGAGGCAGGUCUUGACAAGGACGGCUUUGAAGUCAAAUAUAUAUCAGACUAUAAAGGGUUUGGCGUAUUUAGUGUGGCUGAGCAUGCGAAAGGGGAUUUUCUAUUACAAUAUGCUGGGGAGAAAAUAACGAAGAACGAAGCAACUGAAAGGAUGAAAAAGUCAACAGAAAACAAAUUCUUCUUCUAUUGCUACAAAGGACAGGACUUAUGGACUUUCUGUGAUGGUUUGGGGCUAACAAUGUUUUCUACCUUAUACAUACCGGGCCGGUACAUGUACAUGCUAACCUACAGUGGUGAAAAAGAGCAUUGAUGCAGAGGGUGUCAGUAACAGCAUUUGUCAUUUUGUGAAUGAUGCAGACAAAACAGCCAAUUCAGUAAUGAAGCUUAAAGUUUUUCAUGAAAAGGAGUACCUCUGUCUGUAUGCUAUGAAGGAUAUACAGCCAGGGGAAGAAAUUCAAUAUAAUUAUGGGGACAAAGAGAACCUUUGGUGGAGGAGCAAGGUAAAGUAUAUUAACUAACAUCAUGGAGAAACUGAAAUUAUAUACAUGUAAUUGAUAAAUAAUAAAAAUGAAAAAAAAAAAACAUUAAAAUUUUUUGAAGAUGUUAUUUAAUGUUAAUUGUUUUAACUUCAUACCCAAUGUUUAAGGUUCACAUUUUUUGUAUGUUUGUUGCCCUCAUGUCUGUCUAUCUGUCUGUAGAUUCAAUUUAUUUUAAAUAUCCUGCAUGGAUAAAUUAAUUUAAAUAUGUGUGGAUAUGUUAAACAAUAUCACAACAUGUUUGAACUAAAUUAAAUGUUCUGUGUUGGUUGGCAUGGAUGAGGGUUGAGGUAUUAAUUAAGGAAUGAAAAUUCUAUGUUUUAUCAUCUGUAUAUAACUAGCAGGUUGAUUUAUUUCAAAUGGACACCAGUUUUGUUAAAAAAACCCAGAAUGAUGUCAAAUCUGAAAAUUAGAAAAAUUAAUGUUAUAGUGCCUAGAAUAUAAUUUUAUUUUCAAUUGAUUUACUCAACAGUAAUUACUAAGAUGGCACAUAAUUUUUUUUCAAAACUUUUCAG